AUGGCUCCCAGCGCUGUGUUCUUGGCGCCUGACACUCUGCUGACAGCAAAAGAGAAAAAUAAACUCAGGAAGCCGGUGGUGGAAAAAAUGCGCCGCGACCGGAUUAACAGCAGCAUCGAGCAGCUCAAGCUGCUCCUGGAGAAGGAGUUCCAGCGGCACCAGCCCAACUCCAAGCUGGAGAAGGCCGACAUCCUGGAAAUGACCGUCAGCUACCUGAAGCAGCAGAGCCAGCUGCAGAUGAAGACUGCAGGAUGCUUUCGUAAAAGCUCUCAGUUUGACUUCAGGGAGGGCUACUCUAGAUGUCUGCAAGAAGCUUUCCAUUUCCUCUCUCUGCAUAAAGUCCAAACAGAAACACAGACCAAACUUUUAAGCCACUUCCAGAAGAGCCAGUCGGCUGCUCCAGAGCUCGCCUUUCCGUCUGGCCACCACAGCACUCCGAAGCAAGGAUCUCCAAAGGACACCAAUACCCUCUGGAGGCCCUGGUAGUCAGGGAAGUGCUUCCUUGAUGGACUUUUGCCUUUUAGAGUCCAGAGGAAGGAUCUGACUGCAUCUGAUAGUACA